UUUCUUAAGUUGGAGUAUUGUACAAAUUAUGCCAUGUAAUGAUUCAUGGUGAUAAAAGCCAACUUUUCUGGAACGAUACAAAUAUUGAUCUCUUAAAAUAAUUGGAUAGUCCUUUUUAUAUUCUAGAGUGCAUUUUUCCUGACAUUUCACGUGUGUGCGUUUUUUCACUGGUGACAUCGUCCCGAGUAAUAACUGACACGAUGGACGUAUUAAACAAACUUCGUAAUACAGUCAGCAACACUAUCACCAAUACCGUCCAGAAUACGGCAUAUGGUUUAUCGCAAUUGUCCAGCGUUCUUCCUGGCAAUCCAGUCACCAGAGAGUUUGAAGCAACCGCUCAUGUGGCAAGUGCUGGGCCAGGAUUGCUGUGGAAAAUCUACAGUGGUUAUAAGAAGUCUACCAAGCAAGAAGCAGCAAUUUUUGUUUUUGAAAAGCGUAUGCUGGAGAGAUGGUCCUCCAGAGCAGAUCGAGAGCUUGUGUUGGAGACUCUGAAACGGGGCGUUAUGCAAUUGACAAAGUUGAGGCAUCCACAGGUUCUGACUGUGCAGCAUCCAUUGGAGGAAUCGAGAGACAGUUUGGCAUUUGCAACUGAACCAGUGUUUGCUAGUCUGGCUAAUGUAUUAGGUAAUUAUGAGAAUAUACCUCAACCAACUCCAGCAAACUUGAAAAAUUACAAAUUACUUGACAUAGAGAUACGCUAUGGAUUGUUACAAUUGGGAGAAGGUUUAGCGUUUUUACAUGGUGAUGUAAAAUUACUGCAUAGAAAUUUAUGUCCAGAAUCAAUUGUUAUCAAUAUUCAUGGAGCUUGGAAGAUCUUUGGUUUUGACUUCUGUGCCUUAAAUCAGAAUCCAGAUAGUAAACAGCCAUCAUGGUCUUAUCUCGAAUAUGAUUCUACACUCCCUACGGUUGUACAACCUCAGUUAAAUUACCAGGCGCCCGAGUGCAUUUUAGCAAGUAGUAACGGACCACCUAGUGAUAUUUUUGCCUUGGGUAUGCUGAUAUAUACGAUACAUUCCUCGGAACAUCAACCGCUACAGGAAUUUCACAAUGAUUUUGGAAAAUGCCGACGUUUCUUGGAAAAUUUCAAGGGCUGUAAUGUCUCAACAAAGCUUCUUCCAAUUUCUGAUACAUUGAGAGAUACUGUAAAACUCAUGCUGAGUUAUAGUCCUGAAUUACGAUUAGAUGCUCAUCAAUUUAUCAAGAUUGAAUAUUUUACGGAUAUUGGCGUGAAGACGUUAAAUUACUUGGACAAAUUAUUCCAAUGGGAUAAUCUCCAGAAAUCACAAUUUUACAAAGGUCUUCCACAGCUAUUAAAACAGUUGCCACAUAGAGUUGUGCUACAUAGAGUAUUACCUGCUCUCUACAAGGAGUUAGUUAAUCCACCUAUGAUACCUUUCGUAUUGCCGAGUAUACUGCAAGUAAUGGAAGUUUCGGAGAUAGAAGAAUUCCGAGAACAUAUUUUACCUAAUCUAAAACCUGUUCUUGCUUUAGAAGAUCCACCACAAAUUAGUUUGGUUCUCAUGCAGCAAGUAAAUUUGUUGUUAAAACUGUGCCCUACGGAUGUAAUUAAGACCGACAUAGUGCCUAUGCUAUUGCGUGCAUUGGAAUCCGAAUGGGAACAACUCCAAGAACUCUGUUUAUCGGCAUUACCGAAUAUCGUAACGAUGAUCGAGGGACCAGUUAUAAAAAAUGCCAUACUUCCACGAAUGAAAAAGAUAUGUUUAUCGCCAGGAAAGAAAUCUACUAGUCUUGGAGUACGCGUUAAUUGUUUGUUGUGUCUCGCGAAAAUGUUGCCAAGCUUUGAUCGUUGGCUGGUAUUCGAUCAGAUAUUACCAUUUCUCCAAGAAGUUCCUCAUUCUGGCGAACCAGCAAUUUUAAUGGCUAUUAUAGGUAUUUACAGGAUGCUACUUACUCAUAGUAAGUUAGGUAUGGGCAAAGAAAUAUUGGCAACGAAAGUACUACCAUUUUUAUUACCCCUCUGCAUAGAACAAAAUCUUAGCAUGUCGCAAUAUGAGACACUUUCCACGCUUGUUGUCGAUAUGAUUAAUCGAGUAACCAACGAGCAUCGAGAGGCAUUACGUCAAUUGGAUGCUGUGCGUCGUGAGACACAACAACUUGAUCAGGCGCUUUCUCAAGUGACUUCAUCUACCUUUAUGCAAAACAACAGUUUAAGCGACAUUAAUUUAACGCCCCAAAUGCUAUCUCCAAACGCUAAUUCUAAUUCUAAGACUGUAAAUAUUGAGAAUGGAUUAACCAUCGAAGACAAGUUCAGGUUGAUUCAACAACAAGAAACGCAUCAAAGAAUGCAAUCUCAACCUAUGCUGACUCCUAAAGCUGUGUCACAACCUGUAAAAUCGCAGCCGAAGGAUUUAACUGCAACUUUGCUAAAAAAUAAUCUAGAUGAGUUAAAUCUGUCAAUGUCAAGAUCAAGUAUGUCACAGCCGGCUACUAAAAAUACUGCACAUAAAUAUAACGACAUUAGUUUCGCGCAAUCGCAAUUUUUAACAUCUCCGACACUUAAUUCGCAAUCAAUGUUGAAUAGACCAAUGAAUUGGAAUUCCAAUGGAAUGAGUACACCCAUGAAUUGGAACUCGCCACAAUCCACUUUGAUGUGGAACUCUAUCACUCCCCAGAAUAAUGUAAAUUUUUUGACACAACCAGAAGUUAAGUCAAACUUAAACUUUCCUGGAACUUUGCAGCCUCUUAUGUCACCCACUAAUAUACAAACCAAUGUAAGCAAACCUAAUUCGUCCACGCAAGAUAUUAUGGAUUUGCUUAAUUAAUAAGUUGAAAUGUUUUUGAAGUUAUUACUGGGAUAACAGAUGGUACAUUAGACAGCGAUAUGAAAACGCUACAGUGAUUGUAAUAUAAUACAUAGGUUUUGUCUAAUGUGAGUGAUUGAUUUCGGAUAAUAUUAUCAAAGAUGAAAGUCACCGUUAUAUAAUAAAAAAAUUGUAAAAAGAGUAGACCAUCUUUUAUAUAAGCACACACAGUCAAAGAUUGCAAUA